ACUGCAGCUUGACAUCAUAGUAUAUCUGUGAGUCAAGCGGCUGUGGGUUUUUGGCUCUUGCAUCUGCUAUAGUUCUGUCUCGGGUGCCAUUUGCUAACUCUGUUCUCUGUGUAGCUGCUUUUGGCAGCUCCUCAUCUCUCUUCUAAUCCACCACUCACGGUCCUACAGAACAGACCACAAGUUAAGACCGUCACCUACAGAAUCCCAAGGGCCAAAACUGGGCAGAGGACAACUCCAUCCUUCUUACAAAAGGGCUUCUCCACAAGAAGCAUUUCCGUUAGACUCUAGCAGUGAGAUACCCUACUUCAAGAAUUUCUCAUGGAGCCAGAAGCCUUUGAAAUUUGCCCUUACGAUCCUCACCACCAAAUCCCACUCAGCAGAUUCCAGUACCACCUGGCAUCGUGCAGGAGAAAGAACCCCAAGAAAGCCAAAAAGAUGGCCACCUGCAAAUACAACGCCUGCCACGUGGUCCCCAUCAAAAAUCUGGAGGAACAUGAGGCUGUUUGUGUCAACAGGAGCGCUGUGGAGGAAGAGAACACCGAGAACCCUCUGAAAGUCAGUCCUCCUAGUUCAGAGCAGAACGAUGACACCCAGCAGGUCUCACCCUGCCUUCCCAGCCCCGAUAUCUGGAAUGUCGAUGGCGCUAAUUGCCAGCAUGUGUUUGUCCUUAAGACUUUUUUUCCUCAAAAGGUUGUUUGUGAAAAUGACACGAAAGAGUCAGCAAGAGAGACCAGUCCCCAGAAGAUCCUCAGACCAGGACAGUAAACUGCCAGCUGAGGAAGGAGCACACGCCUCGUAAAUGCAUGGAAGAACGUGCAAUGCAUCAGAAUAAAAGACAUGCAAAGUAA